GCGCUCGCUAUAAAUUCGAGGAGAAACCGCUCCCCGCUCCAAUCCCUCCACGAACUGCAACUCGUCCUCCACUCCAAUGGCGACCUCCCGCCUCCUGGUUUCCCUCUGCGUCGCCGCCGCCGUCGCGGUGGCGGCCGCCGGAGAAGACGCCCUCCGUCUGCCCCGCGGCGCCAGCUUCCCGGCGGCGCAGGCCGAGCGGCUCAUCCGCGCGCUCAACCUCCUGCCCAGGGAGGCAGGGCCGGUCGGCUCCGGCGAUGGCCCCACUGUGGCGCCUGGGGAGCUCCUGGAGCGCCAGGUGAGGCUGCCCGGCGCGCCCGACGGGGCCCAGGACCUAGGCCACCACGCCGGUUACUUCCGCCUGCCACACACGCACGACGCCAGGAUGUUCUACUUCUUCUUCGAAUCGAGGGGCAAGAAGGAGGACCCAGUGGUGAUCUGGCUCACGGGAGGGCCUGGUUGCAGCAGUGAGUUGGCCGUCUUCUACGAGAACGGGCCUUUCACCAUUGCGAACAACAUGUCGCUUGUUUGGAACAAAUUUGGUUGGGAUACGAUCUCAAAUAUCAUAUUUGUUGAUCAACCCACUGGAACUGGCUUUAGCUACAGCUCUGAUGAUCGUGAUACUCGUCAUGAUGAGACUGGUGUCAGCAAUGACCUAUAUGACUUUCUCCAGGUAUUCUUUAAGAAGCACCCAGAAUUUGCAAAGAAUGACUUCUAUAUAACUGGAGAAUCUUAUGCUGGGCACUACAUUCCAGCAUUUGCAAGCAGAGUUCACCAAGGAAACAAAGCAAAUGAGGGCAUUCAUAUAAACUUAAAGGGUUUUGCUAUCGGUAAUGGUCUCACAGACCCAGAAAUCCAAUACAAAGCCUACACUGACUAUGCAUUGGAAAUGAACCUUAUCGAGAAAUCUGACUAUGAAAGGAUCAACAGGUUCAUCCCACCAUGUGAAUUUGCAAUUAAGAUGUGUGCCAAUGAUUCAGGUACCAAUGGAAAAGCAUCAUGCAUGGCAGCUUAUAUGGUCUGCAAUAAUAUUUUCAACUCUAUCAUGAAGCUUGUUGGGACAAAGAAUUACUAUGACGUUAGGAAGGAAUGUGAAGGGAAACUUUGCUAUGAUUUCUCAAACUUGGAGAAGUUCUUUGGUGAUAAAGCGGUCAAAGAAGAACUUGGAGUUGGUGGCAUUGAAUUUGUCUCUUGCAGUACUACAGUUUAUGAAGCAAUGCUCACGGACUGGAUGAGGAAUUUGGAAGUCGGUAUCCCAGCUCUACUAGAGGAUGGGAUCAAUGCCCUUAUAUAUGCUGGGGAGUAUGAUCUUAUAUGCAAUUGGCUCGGAAACUCGAGGUGGGUACACUCGAUGGAAUGGUCUGGCCAGAAAGACUUUGUAUCCUCUAGUGAGUCAUCAUUUGUAGUAGACGGUGCCGAAGCUGGGGUUUUGAAGAGCCACGGACCACUCAGCUUCCUCAAGGUUCACAAUGCUGGCCACAUGGUUCCAAUGGACCAGCCGAAAGCUUCUCUCGAAAUGCUGAGGAGAUUUACCCAAGGAAAACUGAAGGAAUCCCUUCCAGAGUCGAUGGUUUUUAAGGCAGUGAUGUGAUUGACCUGAUCAGAAUUGCUUGCUAGGUAGUCUGAGGUGUCAUUCCGAGGAGUGUGUCGCUGAAGCUUCUUGUUUGCAUUAAUUUUUAUCCACGGUGUGAGCUGAAAUAUACCCCUGAUAAUAACUUUGGUCUGAAAUGUGACUACAAUUCCAGUCAUGUAUGCUGCUGAUGAGAAACCAGUACACGAAGGGGACAGUGUUGGAAGCCUUGUCUGCUGCUCUUGUAAAGCAUCUCAUGUAUACACGCUCUGACCCCAAAGAAAAAUAAUAAUAAAAAGUUCGUUUCUUGAA